AUGGCAGACUUACAGGUUACUUUGCUCCCUAGUCCCACCCCUGUUCUAAAAGAAGCUUGGUCCCCUCCUCCUCCGGAUUGGAUUAAGCUGAAUUGUGAUGUCAAGGUGGGAGAUAAUAGUAUGUGUAUUGCUGUUGUUGCUAGAGAUCAUGUUGGCAGAGUCUUUAGAGUUCAGACUGCUCGGGAAGAUUUCUCGGAUGCUCUCUGUGGAGAAGCUGCGGCCUGCUGCCUGGCGGUCUCCGUAGCCUUAGAGAUUGGUGCUAAAUUUGUGAUUGUGGAGAAUGACUCGAGUGUGGUUAUCAAUGCUCUCAACGGGAAGGUUUCUCGCUGGGCUAUUGAUAACUAUGUCUCAUUUUGUACUAAGAAUUCUCCUUCUUUUAUUAGUUGUAACUUUAUUUAUGUCAGAAGAACUUGUAAUUUCGCCGCUCAUAAUGUGGCUAGAUGGGCGUUUGCUCAUCAGGUUUUUGGGUCUAUCCCGGUUUCGGAUUUACCAAACAAUAUCUUGUGUAACGACCGCGAGGUCUAA